ACCAAUAAUACAAUUAAAAUAAAUAAGUAUUGUUUAUACUAAAUUUAUUUAUAAUUGGCUUAUACAUUUUUUUAAUGAAUUUUUACAAUUAAGUUUCCUUGACAAUUAGAUGUAAAUGUUGAUUUUAUCGACAUUUCAGUUCACUUCGUUUUUUCCCGUGAAAAAUAAACUAUCGUCUUGUGUAAUUAUUAAGAUUUAUUUAAUUAGUUAUUGAUAUGGCAAGUGAAAAAAAUAUUUUUGGUCAAACAAAUGAAUCAAACUUACAUAAGGUCAUACGCAGAGUUGAAGAAAUAUGGAAUCGUCGUUUCAUGCAUUCCAAUUGUGUUUUAAAUAAUACAAAUAAAGGACAAAUAUCAAAAAAGUCAACUAAAGAUGGAAGAAUUAUCUCAAUUAUUAAUAAAAAUAUUUAUCCUAUAAAAAAUUCCAUUAUUCCAAAAAAACGCACGUAUCGAAAAACGAAUAAAAAUGAUAAAAUUAUUCCAGAAAAAUUGAGUUUUCAUAAGAAAAAUUUGGAACGCAAAUCCGAAAUAAAAAAACAACUUUUUGAGAUAUCUUCUAAUACUACUGCUCGACCAAAUUUAAAAAGAAAUUCAUCCGAAGAAGAUGAAAAAGUCAUAAAAAAAGUAAUGCAAGAUCAGAACACAAAAUCUCUUGAUCAGUAUAAUGCACCUUCGUUUAAAUCGCCCACAUCAUGGUAUACUUCAGACACAAUUAAUGAGUACAUUAAAAUGAUAGUAAAACGGUCAGAAGGUGAAGUUUAUGCAGUUGUCACUGAUUUUAUUGUAGCGUAUCUUCGAGGAGGUUAUCCAGCUGUAAGAAGAUGGAUAAAAAAAGAUAUUCACACAAUAAAAUUACUUUUUGUGCCCAUGAAUGUAUAUGAGAGUCAUUGGAUAUUGACAGUAGUUAAUAUACUUGAAAAGACUGUGACAUCAUAUGAUAGUCUUAAGUCGUAUGAGGGUCCCUAUCCAAUGGUAUUAAAAAAUUUCUUAAUUGAAUGGGAGAUGGACAAAAAAGGAAAAGCUUCUACAUGGACAUUACAAAUAGGCGAGACAUCUCGCCAAACCAAUGGACAUGAUUGUGGGCCAUUUACUGUUGAGCUGGCAGAAAAAAUGUCUCGAGGAGAUACAACACCAAUAAAUGCAAAUUUUAUGCCUUUUAUAAGAUUAAGACACAAAAAUGAAAUUAUUGCUGGCGAGCUAUUCAAUUAAUAUUUUUAUGAAUGAAAUUUUAUUUUUGUAUUUUAUAUCAAUUUUCUUAAUAUUCACUAUAAAUUGAAAUUUUUAUUUGUAUACCACCAAACAUUUUUUUACUUUUUCUAUGUUUAAUUGUUGUUUUGUUAUUUUAUUUUAAUCUUAUUUUUCUUUGUAACAUUUCAUUUAAGAAAUUCAAAUUUAAUAUAAAUUUAUCUUAACUGAAAUAAUUUAAUGUUCUUGUUAUGUGAAUAUACAAAUAUUAUAAUAUACAGUUAUGGAUACA